GGCAGAUAUAGUUAAAAUUAAGCUUUAACUGCUGUGGUGCACUUAAAAUAAACACCAAGACAUAUAAAAUUAAACAAAUACCGUUUUUUUAAUGGUAUGUUUACACGUACGGUUUUACACGGAAGAAUCAAAGUAUUUGUGAGGCCUAAAAGCUUUUCUUGUAAUUUUAAAAUGAGUGAAGAACCAAUGGAAGAAUUCCCUGUAUGGGGCUUACUUCCCAAAAAGGAAACUGGAGUUGUAUCUUUUUUAUCAAAAUUUCCAACUUAUGAUGGAAGAGGGACAGUUAUAGCAAUUUUAGAUUCCGGAAUUGAUCCUGGUGCCCCUGGUUUACAAAAAACUUCCGAUGGGAAAGUCAAAGUUAUACAUAGAUUCGACUGCAGUGGUUGUGCUGAUGUUAAUACAAGCACCAGUGUAACCCCUGUGGAUGGUUACAUUACUGGGUUAACAGGAAAAAAAUUAAAAAUUCCACCAUCUUGGAAAAAUCCUCAAGGAACUUAUAGAAUAGGAGUUAAACAUGCUUUUGAUUUAUACCCUGAUAGACUUAAGGACCGUGUCAAACAGGAAUAUAAAAAAAAGCAUUGGGAUGAUAACCAGAGAAAAAGUAUAGCAAGUAUAACAAGACAGCUGAAUGAUUUUGAAUCAAAACACAAUACCUUAAACAUAAAUGACAUGGAAAAGCUUGAAAAAGAGGACAUAGAAGCAAAGUUAGAGAUACUGAACAACAUGGAGAAAAGAUAUUCUGACUCUGGCCCGGUAUAUGAUUGUGUUUUGUUUAAAGAUGGUUCAACUUGGUAUUGCUGUGUUGAUACAACGGAUGAUGGUGAUUUAUCAAAGUGCCCCUUAUUAGGAGAAUAUAGUAUUACCCAUGAUUACGCCCCUCUUACAGAAAUUGACCAAUUAAACUUCAGCAUGAAUGUUCAUGAUAAUGGAAAUAUAUUGGAACUUGUAGGGGUUUGCUCAAGCCAUGGCACUCACGUGGCGUCAAUAGCCUCGGCAUACUUCCCAGAUAGCCCUGAUUUGAAUGGUGUAGCCCCUGGAGCCCAAAUAGUUUCCCUAACCAUAGGAGAUGGCAGAUUGGGCUCAAUGGAAACUGGUACUGCCCUGGUCAGGGCUAUGAUUAAAAUAAUGGAGCUCAGAGAGACGCAGCCUGUGCACGUAAUUAAUAUGAGUUACGGCGAGCAUGCGCACUGGGUAGAUGCUGGGCGCAUCGGUGAAUUAUUAAACGAUGUUGUUAAUAAGUAUGGAGUUACCUGGGUUGCAUCAGCUGGAAACAACGGCCCUGCAUUGGGCACCAUCAGUACGCCCUCCGAUAUUAGUCAGGAACCUAUUAUAAGUGUGGGGGCAUAUGUCUCUCCUGAUAUGAUGAUUGCCGAGUAUGCCUUAAGACAGAAAUUGCCAGGUAGCCCCUAUACUUGGUCGUCCCGUGGUCCGACGAUAGAUGGCGGUAUUGGCGUGCACGUGUGCGCACCAGGAGGUGCCAUAACGUCGGUGCCAAAUUUCACGCUGCGUUAUUCUCAGCUGAUGAAUGGCACCUCGAUGGCGUCACCGCACGUGGCUGGCGCCGUUGCCGUGCUCAUAUCGGGCAUGAUACAGAAAAAGUUACCAUUUACGCCUUACAUAAUAAAAAAAGCGCUUGAAAAUACAGCUAUGCAUAUUAAAGAUGUGGAACAUUACGCUCAGGGAAACGGUUUAGUGCAAAUCGAUAAAGCUUUUGAUUAUUUGUUGGAUUAUCAUAGUAUAACCGAGAGUAAAGUGCGUUUUAACAUUUACUGCGGUUCGAAUAACUCUAAGGGUAUUAAUUUGAGAACGAAACUCACGAAUACUUCGUAUUUAUUUAAAGUUUCUGUGGAGCCCUGUUUUUUGGACUCUGACAAUGUACCUGCCGAAGAAAAAAUUAAUUUCAACUUAAAAUUAACUUUAACUUGUAAUGCCGAAUACGUAAGCUUCCCGGGGUAUUUGGACAUAUCGAACGUUGCCCGGUUGUUCGCGGUUAAAAUCGAUGUGACCGGUUUAACCGAGGGCGUGCAUGGAACCUUUAUCAAUGCUUACGAUAGCGCAUCAAUUUCCAAAGGGCCCGUCUUUAGAAUACCGAUUACCGUAAUAAAACCAAAAGAGUUCACUGGGGAAUCCAAGUACAUAGCUAGUUAUAACAAGGUUCUUUUCAAACCCAACACCAUUAAAAGGCAUUAUUAUGUCGUACCCAGCGGUGCUACAUGGGCAGUUUUAAAAUUACUUGCCGAUGACGAUAAUGGUAGAUUCGUAAUACAUACAAUGCAAUUUGUGCCUAGGCGAUCCUGUAAAACACUGGAGCUCUGUAAAACCUUAGCCGUAUUUUCUAAUAUCGAAACUGGCGUGCCUUUUGCUGUUAAAGGAGAUGAAGUUCUUGAAGUUGUUAUCGCCAAAUAUUGGGCCAGUUUGGGCGACAAUUAUUUGGAUUACUCUAUAAGUUUUUACGGUGUCAAACCCAACCAAAACAGCUACACCAUGCUGGGAGCCGAUGGUAUUUAUAAUUUAUUCGUUAAAACUUUGCAGUCAGAAGAAAUUUUAAUGUCGGCUUUGUUGAAGAAUUCCGUCCAAAUUGUCAGGGCUAGCGAUAGCAAAAUUAGCCCCCUCACUGAGAGGGAUAUCAUCCCACCUAGCAGACAAGUUUAUGAGUUAAUAUUAACCUAUAACUUCACCUUAGUGAAGCAGUGUGAAGUAUCACCAAAUUUCGCCCCACUUAGUGAUACAUUAUAUGAAUCUGAAUUUGAGUCUCAAUUUUGGCAAUUAUACGACACCAACAAACAAUUAUUAGGCUGUGGCGACGCAUAUCCUUCCAAAUAUGCCAUAAAACUGGAUAAGGGAGAUUACCACAUCAAACUGCAAGUAAGACACGAUAAAAAAGAUCUACUCGAAAAACUGAACGAGCAACCAAUUUUAAUCCAACAAAAAUUAAGCAGCAAUUUAAACUUGGAUAUUUAUAACACCCAUUCGCAUGCCUUAACGGGCGGUAAAAAGGCUGGCGUCACCCACGUGAAUAACCCCAAUGCGCAGACGCAAUUUUACAUAGCCCCCUUAGCCUCCGAUAAGUUCCCAGCUAAAUCAAACAACACAGCGCACUUUUUCACGGGUGUGUUGACGUGCGCAAAAGACGAAAAUGGCAAAAGAGUCGACACAUAUCCGUUCAAGUACGUUUACGUUGAUACGACCCCCUCGAAAAAAAACAACUCCUCCAAUUCUAACGGGGACAAAACUAAAUUCGACGAGUACAAGGAGGCUAUACGCGACUUAAAGGUGCAGUGGCUGAGCAAGUUGGACAACGCUAAUAGUGAGAGUUUGUAUGAGGAACUCAGCAAGACUUAUGAGGAUUAUCUCCCCGUGCAUACUGCCUAUUUACAAGGAUUAGAAACGUUGGAUAGAAAAAUACUGCCUGGUGCUAACCAAAGUAAAGGUAAUGCUGAUUUGGUGAAGAUUAUUGAUGUUUGCAACAAAGUUUUGGAGAGUAUAAACGAAGAGGCUUUGUUGGCUUAUAUUGGGCUCAAAGUUGAUACCAGAGGAGAUGCAGCUAAAAUAAAAACAACUAUGGAGCAACAAAAAAGUCUGUACAUAGAGUGUUUAUCAAGAAAAGGUAUUGCUUUAUGUAGAUUAAAUGGGGAAAAUAAAGAAUCUGAUAACCUGGAUAGCAUCAAAUCCAUAUGGAGGACUUUACUGAAAUUCUCUGAUACCAGUGACUCUAAAGUAAAUAAUCAUGUUAUUUGUUUUGCAAUAUGGCAUGCCUAUGUGAAUCAACAUUAUGGCAGACUUUUGAAGUACCUUCUUAAAUUACAAGAUGAAAAACCCAGUAAAGAAGUUGAAGAAAAAAUUAUCGAAUUUAGUAAUUUAUUGAAGUGGAACCAUGUCAAAAAUUACUUGCAAAAAUCUUUACCCAGUAAAUAUCCAGGCUCAUAUAAACCUUUCUGAUUUUAAUCACCAUUAUGUCACAUUAAAUUGAUCCAAUACAAUU